AGUGUGCCGCGGGGAUGUGGGGGCACAUCCGUGGCAUGCUCCAGCGGGACGCCCAGCUAGCCGACAAAAAGGACUUCAUAUCAGGCUUCACGGCGCUGCACUGGGCUGCCAAGGACGGCAACGGCGAGAUGGUCCAAAAGCUGAUGGACAUCGCCUACAGGAGGAGGAGGAGAGAGGCGCUCCUUCACGUCGACAGCAAAGCCCACGGGGGCUACACGCCUCUUCACAUCGCCGCCAUACACGGCCACACGGAGGUCAUGCUUCUACUAGUGCAACGCUAUGGAGCAAGUGUCCACGAGAGGGACAACGACGGCAAGAAGGCCUGGCAAUACCUUGGCACGGGUGUGUCGGACGAGCUCUGGGCCCUGAUGGGGGGUGUGCAACACUCGAAGUACUGGGACAAGACGGAUGAUAAGGAUUACCGGGAGCAGCCAAAAGGUCUCAGUAAACUGUUUCAGCCUCACAGGAAGCACAGGCAUGCAACAAGAUCAAUGUACUAGUACACUUUUCGUCUCACUACAAGUAGGACAACUACAUCGCUCCUGAGGAAAAAAGUUGGACUCGUUGACAGCUGUGCCACAAGUACUACUAGUGAGAUUAUCAAGUUCCAUUAAGCAUUUUACUCAUAACAAUAGUAGUGCGGGAAUACAGACUCGUGCAAAUUUCUGCCUCACAAUGUUACCUUUAAUUAUCCUACUAGUAUGCCAAGGUAGUCGUACAGGGGAGAAGGAAAAAAAGCAUCCUAGUACAUGGACCUUAGGCUGGAUAUCAUUGACAUCAAAUACUUAACACAACUUGCCAGAAAGCUGGUUGAACAUUUAAUCGAUAGCCUACUAGUGCACUGAGUGGCCAUACUAGUGAAGACAAGUGUAGUAGUACAUUUACCUGAAGAACUGUUAGCUUAAAUGGUAGCUGCAUUGCGGUAGCAAACGCUUAUUGUCAUUUUUAUUUUGCUCAGUUUCAAUUCCUGGCAUAUGCGACGCGAAGCCACAUGGGGACACAUUUUACUAGUUACUCAUAAUCCUAUUUAACGAGUACAUAUUUUGAAGAGAAAUUAGUAUGUACGUGUAUGUAUGUGUAUGUACAUUGCGGUUCUCUACAAAUAUGCAUUUUGUAGUGACACUUAAGAUCUUGUCAAGACUCGGCCGAUCUAAAUUGCAAAUGUGAAAUCUAGCACUGGUUGCAAGUUUUUCCUUAUCUUGCUACCCUACGGGAUGUAUUGAGGAAACAUAUGUAUUUAUAUUUUUAUUCUUACCUUUUUACUUGUUUUUCCAGAAAUAAUGAGUGAAUAUGAAAGCACUGUGACAUUUUAUGUCUUCAUUAUGGAAGUGAAAUCCAUUGAAUGCGCAUUUGUAUUUUGAGAGGACUUGUAGGGUUGGCUAUGCAGAUCAGAUUAUUUUGGGUGGGCGUGUGGUUGUCAUUGAUACAGGAGCCUGUUGACACAGAAAUAGGAUGGAGCCUCCAGACCUGUAAUUGACUGUAUUGAUUAGAUGAAUAAGAUCCAUCCAUCAAAUGUACAAAUACAUUGUUAACAAUACUCAACAGUUUCAUUUGGAUCUGAACCAACACAAAGGAUGACUCUUUGAAAAAUAAGGUGAGGUAAUCAGCAUUAAAAUUGUCCUUUUUUUAAAUCUGCAAAGUAUUCUGAGUACAUGGAGAUUCACUCAUCACAGUCACGCAAAAGCACAGCGACACAGCGUUGAACAAAACGGGUUGAAUAAACAGU